UACUGGGUUGACGAACACAAAUAGAAAUAGAAUCGUGACACAUCGUCCAAGUAUGCCAACAUCUCAAACUGUUAAGUUUUUACACAUUGUGGACGUGAAGAUCGAUGACUAAUGCUUCGUUUAUUUGAUGAAUAUCCAAACCGGAUGAAUGGAAGAAUUCAGAAAACGAUUUCCGGGUCGACUCGAGUGUACAGACUUGUCGCCGGAAUGAGACCGACAGUUCGUCCACCAUUCCCUGCUCAUACAGACUUACAUAUACUGUGAGAAAUCUCCAAUCGGAACUCUCAGUCAUUGAGCCGACGCCAUCCCGACUGGGCGUCUGUAUCCUGACUCGGACAGAGAUUUGAGAGCUUUCGGUGCCAGCGUGCUGUGUUUUUAUUCGUAUCAGUUUGAACAGUUUGUACGUUACAAACAACAGUACCAAUGGCCCACGCCUUAACGAUUCAAAUGUGCCGCUCCAACAACCAACAACCUUGGGGAUUCCGGCUUCAAGGCGGAUUAGAUUUCGCUACUCCCCUUACUGUUUUAAGGGUGAAUAUGGGGAGUUUGGCGGAAACCGCUGGAUUGAAAGCUGGAGACGCGAUUUUGAGAGUGAAUGAUAUCGACGUGAUACGCUUACGGCAUCAGGAAGCGUUGGAUACCAUUUCUCAAGCCGGCAAUCAAUUCCAACUGCAUAUCGGACGAGCUGGAAUAUGGAAACCGCAAGUGACGCCAUUGGCCGAACCCGUCCAAGUACCAACAGGCGAAUCCUUGCUGACUAAAACAUCUUUAGCUCUUCACCAUGAAGAAGCUCCUAGGAUCGGUUCCGCUCACAACACGAAAGCGGCGCCAUUCACUUCUUCCAUCAAGGACGAAGCAAAGACAUUAAAUCGUCAACAGUUCAACACACCUAUGGGUCUGUACAGCGAGGAAAAGAUUGCCGAGACACUAUCGUCACAAGCUGAAGUCUUGUCUCAAGGAGUUCUUGGGAUCAAUUUCAAGAAAAACGAAAAAGUCUACGACUCAUCCAAUAGCCAAGUGUUGAAAAUGCUGCAAGAAAUGGACAAGGAACCGAAAGAUGAGACUGAAGAAGAUCCGGCGGAAGUGACUCAUCGUGCUGUAUCUGUUAAUCCACCGAUUAAAAACCAAGGACCAGCAUCCCAACAGCAACCGUUUGUUGUGCACCAUCCUGUCGUUCAACAGCAACAGCCACCAAAACAACAGCCGGUUGUCAUUCAUCAUCCCAUCCAACAACAACAACAAUUCGCACCGGCUGCAACUGUGACGUCACCCUUUGCUCCAGUGCCGGCCCCUGUGUCACGUCCGGCUGGAGUCCGUUCCGUGACUGCGCCAACGGCGCCGGUCAACAAAAAUUUCAAAGGCCCUGAACCUCCGCAAGCCACGGCCGAAAACCCACGAUGUGCUGAAUGCGAUCGCCUCAUUGUGGGUGUUUUCGUCCGUUUAAAGGAAAAGAAUUUGCACGUCGAGUGUUUUAAAUGCUCAACGUGUGGAACUUCACUCAAAAACGUUGGAUAUUACAAGAUCAAUAACAAAUUGUAUUGCGAUGUUCACGCCAAAUUGGUGGCUAGUCAUCAACCACCGGCUCCUGAUUUGACACCCAUUACAGUGAAACCGGGAGCACCAGUACCAAAGAAUGCAAUGACAACUGAAGUGGCAGCCAAACAGCUGGGCGCUUCUCUGAUUUCUAUGGCGACUGGAGCACCUCCCGUAGGGGGCGUUCGCAUCUUCCCGCCAUCUUCAUUCAAAUAACAAUAAAUUUUCAAAUAAUUUAAAACUUGGAGAAAAAAACUAUUCACGCACGUCAAACCCGGCCAAAUCCCAAUCCUGCUCCUUCUCUACCCAACGCAUAACUUGAUGCCUGCGUCCUUUUAAAACUUUGUAAUAUAAUUACACAUAAUAAUAAUAAUAUACUUUACUUUAACAAACA